UUGUGUCCAGAGUGCCGAUUCCUGCAGAGGAAGGAGAUGCUGCUGCGUACACAGCUCUCCUAACAACCAAUGAGCAGCGGGAUGUGCUGGAGCGCCUCGACUUUGUGUUGAGAAACAUUUCCGAGCUAAGAAGAGAAGUGAAGGAGCUACGAAACAGCCUGCAGCAGUUAGCUACAGAAAUAGUUGGCGAAGUCAGGUCCCAUCUGGAAGAAACCCAGAAAGUAACUCACCGGAGGCGGUUCCAGUUCUCUAGAGAACGAAGCGAUUCCACGGGCUCCAGUUCCAUUUAUUUCACAGCCAGCCCAGGAGCAGUCAAUACAGACGACGGAGAAAGCGAAGGAGGGUACACCACAGCCAAUGCUGAAUCUGAUUACGACCGGGAGUCUGAGAGAGAGACUGAAGAAGGGGAAGAUGAAGUGAGCUGUGAAACAGUGAGAACUGCACGCCGGGAUUCCCUGGAUCUUGUCAACGAGGAUGAAGUGAAUUUAACCUUGGAUUCCUCACUGGAGGAAGGACUGGGUCAGCUACUGCAGCAGGCUGACCGCUUGCACGACGGCGAUGAGCAGGAGAAGAGAGAGGGAUUCCAGCUGCUGCUGAACAAUAAACUGGCGUAUGCAGACCAGAAGGACUUCCUCUGGCGCCUGGCUCGAGCGCACAGUGAUAUGUGUGAAAUCACACAAGACGCAGAUGAGAAGAGAUCGUACGCAUCCGAUGGGAAAGAAGAGCUAGAAAUUGCCUUACAGAAAUGGGACCAAAGUGCUGAGUGCCAUCAAUG